GGUUGAUUUAAUACCAACCCGGAAUUUAUAUCUGUCCACAUCACCAGAGAAGUGUUAAACAGCACCAGUUUCGUUUUGGUCUAACACCAGAAAGGUGUUAAUACAACAUCAAACAGUACUAAAACAGCAUUGAUUUUAGUACUUCUUUGGUGUGGACAUAUAUAGAUUCCGGGCUGGUGUUAAAUCAACGCUGGAGUUUUUGCAGUGUAUUGAGUGGGACACACCCCCACCCUUAUUCUCGGAUAACUGCCUUUGCUGUGUAGACAUUCCCUGAUCAUCGGCGAGACAGCCCAGUUGUUAUGUUACCUUUGUGAAUCAUUUUUGCGUGGAGACAUCUUAUAAACAGGGAGUGUUGGUAUAAUCGACAUAAUAGGAACAUAACCCAGACGUGUUCACAAGCGUGCUAAUAAGACAAGGUGCUCGAUUUUCUUUCGUCACAAUGGGGACUACUCUAGCAUCACAACGCGCCGUUCCAGACGUCGAUCUGUCUCAAAAGACUGCCAUUGUAACUGGGGCAAACACGGGAAUUGGAUUUGAUACAGCUAAAACGUUUGCCCAACUUGGAGCCAAGGUCAUUGUAGCAUGUCGAUCCGAAAGCAAAGCGAAAGAAGCGAUAGAAAGAAUGCACAAGGAGCACAAAGAGGAGAAGGGAAAUGAGAAGAAAACCAAGUUCAAAAUUAAGGCCAACGAACUUGAUAUUGAAUUCAUGGCCCUUGACCUCUCGUCUUUAGAAAGUACGAUGGACUUCGUAAAGGCAUUUAAAGCCAAAAAGAUCCCUCUUCAUAUACUGGUGUGUAACGCCGGCAUGGCAUACGGAGGAGAAGUGAAAACAGCUGACGGUUUCGAGAUCCACUUCCAGGUCAAUUACUUGUCGCAUUUCCUCAUGACCCUUCAUUUACUUCCGGAAUUGAAGUCGGCGGGCCCCAACGCUAAGAUCGUGUUGGUUUCGUCAAUGGCCUAUCGCGGUGCACGAUGGCAAGAGGAUAACAUGCAGGCAGUCAAUAGGGACCAACUCAGCAAAUAUGGAUUUACUAAGCUGUAUCAGAUUAUGGAGAUGUUCACACUGGCCGACAAGUUGAAAGGAUCUGGGAUCGAUGUGUUCUCACUUCACCCUGGUUUUGUAGAUACAGAUAUAACGAAGAAAGAUGGUCAACAGAUUACUUGGUUGAUGAGAGUUUUAGUGAGCGUAAUAACUUAUAUGGGGCUGGCCCGAACCACUUUUGACGGAGCUUUGACAAGUAUCCACGCCGCAAUCAACCCGGAGUUUGAUGGCAAGACAGCGAUUUACUUGGAAAACUCAAAGCCAGCCACUCUCCAGAAUCCACUUGCGACGGACAAGGAGAAGCAGGCAUUUCUCUGGAAAUACAGCCUGGAUUGUCUGAAGGAUUACGUCACCGAAGAUACGCUGAAAGAUCUGACGUCACAAUGAAGCUGAACCUAUAGCCUCACUGGCAUGGUCGCUGGAUAAAGGCAGUUUUUAAUGAUCAACGGGAGGCAGGAAUAUUAAUUACCUAUAUAAAGAUUCCCAUGAACUACCGAAAGAAGAUAAAAUCAUGCCUCGUUCCUGAGUUGGUAAAUUGCCAAUUCGUCUAUCGUCAACUCGUCCUCCACCAUAUGGUCUACCUUUAUAUAGUUUCAUGCAAUUCCGUCCAUCAACAUUUCGUCUGUAGACAAACAUAAGGUCCAAUAAUAAAUUCAUCUAAUCACCAGUUCAUCUAUGACCAUAUCAUGUCAUUACCAGUUGGUCUUGCGUAUUUUCAUUCAUUUCGCCCGAUUAACACUUAGUCUAAUUAGACCAAAUGGCUAUCACAACAACUGGUUAUGAGACAACAUGGUGAGAGGACGAAAUUGCAAUUAGACCAUAUUGAUAAUGGACAAACUGAUGCUAGACCAAAUGAUAGUAGACGAGUUGGUAACUGGACGAAUUGGCAUUCGUCCAAUGGAAAACAACCCACUGAGUCAAUAUUCAGAUAGUAACUUUGCACAGGAGGCCGAGAUCUAAGCACUAUAUGGUCUAUAUUUUUUUCCUUUUGACAAAAAUGAUAAAGACAUCAACCUAAUUAAUUGUGCAAGAUCCAAAUAAAAAUCGCAAAUUUAAUUAGUAAUUAUAAUCAUCAUGGUCAUUGUUGUAGCUGUUUAAGAAGUGACAUGAAGGAACAGAACUUUGGUGACAUUGUCAUCAAUGUACCUACAGUGUCGCAACAACAAUAGUACUUCGAUACCUAAAAGAUUUCAGUGUGCUAGGCCACCUACUCAAA